AUGGAGGGGCCAGAGGAAAUUGAGGAGGGCACGGAUCUUUACGGGCUUCUGGGUGUGAAGAAGACAGCGUCGAAGAACGAGAUACGGAAGGCAUACAGGAAGCUCGCGCGCACCUUCCAUCCCGACCAUCAUGGAGGCGAUGUCCGCGGCGAAGCCGAAAAGAAAUUUGUGCAGAUUAAUUACGCCUAUGUCGUGCUCAUGGAUGACGAGCAGCGUGCCGUGUACGACAUCUAUGGUCUCGAGGCUCUCAAGUCGAACACUUGCAAAGAGCUGGUCAAGCGUUACCCCACCCUUGAUGAGUUGAAGAAGCAUCUUGAAAAGGUGGAAAAGGACAAGGAACUGAAGGAGCUGCGGAACAAGUUCAAGAUGAAGGGCAAGAUUACCACGGUGCUGGGGGCCUUCAAGCGAGGACCGGAGGAGUUCAAUCUCCCGUUCAUCCUCGGCAACCAAAUUGAUACGCGCAACAUGGUGGUCGUGGGCGGUAAUGUGGCGCAGCGGGGCAGCAGCCUCAUCUUCGGAUGGCGGCGCUUCUUCUCCGACGUCGAUCGCACCACCUUUGCCGAUGCGCAGGUGGUUGCCGGACCGGAGGCGUGGAACCUCCGGGUCAUUGGCCAAACCAGACUGUCGUCCUCCAAUGUGGGUGCGAUCAUUGCUGACAUCAACAACGAAGGGAGCAACCUGACCCUCCAUUUUUGGGAGACGCUGAGCGAGCGGGUGCUGGGCGAUGCCCAAUUCUCCAUCGGACAGAACAACGUCAUGCGGCUUGGUCUCCGCCGCCAGGCCAAGACCACCGUCAUGUCCUCGCACCUCAAGUUUGCCGAUGUGGAGUACGUGGGCGAUUGGCCAUUCUCGAUUCCGUCACUGGAAUUAAACUAUCGCAAGAAGCUGUCGAAGCGGGAGAGCCUCAGCCUGGAGACGGAGCUGGGCUUCGGGGGACUUCCCUCCGUCGGCCUGGGCUACACCCGGCGCAUUUCGAAGGGCAACAAGCUCAGCAUUUCCACGGGCCUCGGCGCCAACGGUGCCUGUACUGUUAUCGCCACCUACACCUACUUUGGGCAGCAGUUUUCCUUCCCGCUUCUGGUCACGCGAGGGCUCGAGGGGUGGACGAGCGUGGGCGCCUUUGUGCUGCCUCUGUUUGGCGUGUUAGCCGCCACCCAGUUUUGGUUCAACCCGCUGCGAGAGCGCAAGAAAAGAGAGAAGAAGGCCGCGACUUUGCGAUUGCGAUCAGAACACAUAAAAAAGAAGCGGCAACAGGCCGAAAUGGACAUCCGCCUCAUACUCGCCCAAGUCAAGAGAAAGAUCGAAGCCGAACGGACCAAACACGGGCUCGUGAUCGUGUUGGGCCAGUACGGCAGGUGGAAGGAGCCCACGCCGUCCGGUGACGAAGAGGAAGCCGAGGAGGGCUCGGUGAUCGACGUCACGGUUCCGCUUCAAUACAGGGUCGAGGACUCGCAGCUCAUCUUGGAGGAGGGCUCCAAGGCCUCCCUUUACGGCUUCUAUGAUCCAUGCCCGGGUGACGAGAAGCAGCUGCGCAUCCGCUACCUGUUCAAAGACAAGAUGCACCACGUGACCAUCAACGACAAUGACGAGCUUGUCAUCCCCCUGAAAGAGCACCUGGUCAAGGAGACCUACAAAGAGAGUUGA